AAUUUUUCUCUUUAUCCGUUUUGAAUAAUAAGAUUUAAUUUAUUUAUAUUCAGUUCUAGCCAUUAUGGGUGUAAUGGUGUAUAAAUUAUAUAGGAUGUUCUAAAUAACCAGUACAUAAAUUAAAACUACUAUUAAGGUGUGACCCAUUUAUUAAAGUUCACAUCUAAUAAAAGGGGCGCUACAUUUGUCCCUUUUUAACAUGAAAGCCCCAAAUUGGACUAGGAAAAUCAGCUAGUGUAUAAUGUGGACGAUAUUUAUGUCUUUAUGUGUUGCUAUUUCCCUAGUGAUGUCUUUAGUUUUUUGCCUGUGUUGGAAGAAGAAAAAUACAAAAGAUGAAUGGUUAGGCAUUGAUGGUAUGGUCACUCAAAAAAAUCCCGAUGAGAAUGUUAACCAUCUACCUUCCACUGCAUCUUGUGUGGAUAGAAUCUCGACUGAAGAUUCUAUUGAUAGUAGCAAAAGAAGCGCUGUAACGAGCACAAGGAGAAGUCUUCCAGAUAUACCAGCAGAAGUAAACACCCCUGUAAAUUGGGAACCAACCGGGGAUAAUUCUUCUGAACAUUAUGCUACUCUAGGCCAGUAUCAAAAUACUAGUAGCAAACCAGCUUUAAGAAACGGUUUGGAUCCAAGACUUAGUGUAUCGCAACACAGUUCUAUAAGCCAGGCAGAUGAGAAUUUUUCAACUUAUGAACGCGUGAAAUAUGACAAAAUUAAUUCUAAGGAACAUCCUUAUGCACAGUUGCAACCUACUACGUCUAGGCCGUUUGUUCAUGAAGUAAACGAGCCUGGACAGAGUACGUCUGAAGAGCGAGUAAAUUUACUGAGGGCUGAUGGAACUAAUAAAAAUAUAGAAUCAAAUAUUCAUGUGAGAUCGAGAAGGUCCUCGACGCAUAGCAAUACAGGAAUGGACAUACCUGCAGCUACAGCUGUGGCAGGUGGAAUAGCAGCUAAUUAUGAUUUACCUUAUAUGACUCCUCCAGUGAACCAGACAAAUUUCAGUGGGGAUUCACAAGAUUCAUCUAAGGGUUAUACCAGUAUUACUGUAAGAGAACCGCUGGCCAAUAUUCUAGCACAAACGAAAGAAAUAAACAAGGAGAAACGUGGAUUGGAUGUCAAUUAUUCUACGGUAUCUGACGAUUCGGAUGAUGUAUAUACCACUAUACCCGAUCCAAACAACCAGAUAUACACGAGCGAGAGCGAGACAUACUCUAAAAUACAGCCAGUAAUUGUCGAGGCUGAAAUCAAUCAUGUACCUACAGAAAGACGCAUCAGUGAAAGGAGGGAAAUUGAAGAAUUGUAUGAACUACCACCACAGCCAGCGCCUCCUAGCGUAGGGAGCUUGAAACACGUCACAAUGCAUACUCAUUCCAGACAAGCUUCGUCAUCUAGUUCUAUAGCGAAUAUUGGAUCUCCAAAACCUGAAAAAAGACAGGCCAAUUCACCUCUACCUCCUCCGCCUACCUCCUCACAUGACAAACUCCAAGCGCUUCACAAUGUGGAUGAUUUGUAUGCCAAAGUAUGCAAAUCCCGAAAAGAUGAUUUCAGUGAAGACAAGUUAUCUGAUAGGGGCAGCUUGAACGAAUCGUUUAGAAAUUCCCUGGUGUCUUCAUCAAAGAGCAGCAAGAGUUCUGAGACCAGUAAGAAGGAACAUAAUUAUGAAACACUGAAGAAAACUAGGGUUUCAAAUGAUCCUGGAUAUGAGAAGAUUAAAGGCGGUGGAGACUGUGAACCUGGCUAUGCCAGCAUUAACGGUCCCGACAGUCUUGCCAGCUCUUCUGAUCCGGGUUACGAAGUGCUGAGAGGGGGGCAGGUGCCCUCAGAAAUCGACCCCAACUACGAGCAGCUGAGGCACAGAUCGUCAAACGCCAGCGAUUCUGGAUAUUCCAAAGUGCGGGAUAGAAACGAUGGUUAUUCCGUUAUCAAUAAGAAGAAAAAGCUUGAACCCUUUGAGGUGAGUGAUUUAAUAGAUGAACCCAAAUACGAGAGCAUGUCCGAUGUCCUCCCUGCACCUCCCUACCAGUCAGCUAUCAGAUCAGCGGAUAGCGACACAGACCCCAAUUACGAAUCCGUAAUGAACCACAGACCACCCUCGACCGAUCCCAACUACGAAACGGUUAAAGAACCUGCCAAACUCGAAGACGACGACGAAGAUAUACCCGGUUACCAAAAAAUCAAAGCCACAGCUUCGUCGGAGAGUUCGAACAACAGUGCGAGCAAGACGACGACAGAGGACGAUAGCGAACCGCCCUACGAGAGACUGAAUAACGAUAACAGCGACUGCGAAGCUUGCGGGGGGUACGAGAAGGUGGGUAGGUCCAAGGACAACAGUCAAGGCAGUUCGGGGAACGAAAUACCUGCGCUGCAGAACGAGGUGGCCGACGGUGAGCUAGGGACGUCGUAUUUGCACGAAGAAGACGCCGUCGUACAGGUUUGAGAGGUCUAGGCUUGAGGCUUUGAACCAUUUUAAUAAUGUCAAAAACAGUCGGUAACUGGUCUGUUUAUGUAUAAAUACAAGUGUGGAUUACGGCGAUGGAUCCAUAACGAUUGUCUCAAGUUUUGAACCAUUUUAAAAUUUUUGAACCAUCAUAAUAAUUUUUGAAUUUUUUUUUAUCGAGCCUUGAACCAAACUAUUUUUAGCUCACAGAAACGACAGUGAUUAAUUUUUGUUUAUCUUUCUACUAAUAACUAUACAAUUGUUUAGGUUUGAGAUACUGAACCAUUUUAAUAAUGUCCAAAACGGGUCUCUUUAUAUAUAAUAUAUUAAUACAGGUGUCAUUUGUGUGUGGAUUACGACGGUAUGUCCCUAGCAAUUGUCUGAUGUUUUGAACCAUUUUAAAAAAUUUCAACUAUCAUAAUUAUUGUUGAAUUAUUUUAGAUUUAACGAGUCUUAAACCAAACUGUUUUAAGUUACAGAAUCGACAAUGAUUAAUUUUUAUUUUUCUAUUACCUAUACAACUGUCUAAAUUUUGAACCAUUUUAAAACUUUCAUUUACUAAGAAUUUUUUAAUAUAUAUACGAGUAUAGAGGUGAUCCACAUUACUUUUUCUAACAUCCUCAUCAGUUAAAUCUACUGAUUUUUUGACUUUUUGGACCAUAUUAAUAAUAAUUUUUUAGCCAUUUCAACAAGUGCCCCCAAACAAUGCACAAGCUUUUAGAAAUUAUAUUUAUUAAUUUUUACAGAAUUAAUUAAUAAUUAAUAUUUUUUUCUAAAUUAUUUUAAUAGAUAGGUACUCUUGAACCAAAAUAUAUAUAUUUAACCUCGUUAUAUUUAGGUUUAGGAACGGUAUAUUUAGUCUUGAAAUUUGUUAUUACUACAAAUUUGUAUAAUAAUAUAUGAAAAUAUUUAAAAUGGUUUGAAACUUACAAUGAUGCUGUGGAUUUUAUGACCAAGUCACAAUAAAACUAAGUAACAGUUUAUUGAAUACCGAUUAAUAUUGCCUGUAGCGUUUUGCUUUUAGUUUGAAUAUUUAAAAAAUUCUUUAUAUAUUUUCUAAAUUAAUAAAAACAAUUGAUCCGUCCAGUCAGGUCUUAAAUAUAAAAAAAAAUAGUUUUAAUAAUUUAAUUUCUAUUAUGUCAUUAAGUCAAUUAUUCCAUAAUCUUUUUUAAGGUUUACACUCGAUUUUAAAAAAUGAGUUAAAAAAAUUUAUUUAUUUCUAUUCAUUUAACAAUAUUAACUCAUAUAUUUUACAAUAUCUGUGAUAUUUUAAAUAUAUUCCAUACGUAAACAACAUAGAAUAAUUAUUUAAAUUAAACAUAUACAUAUUUUUUAACAUUUUUUUAAAAAACAUGACUGUAUCUGUUACAUGGUUUUUUUGUGACACAGUUUGACUGAAUUAAAAAAAUAUAUAAUAUUAUACAACGAAAUAAUAUAUUUAUUUGUAUUUUGCUGUGAUUUUAACUUAUUGGAAGAUAAAAUAUAUAUACAUAUAUCUAAUUUAAGACUAUUAAUAUAUAACAUACAUAAUUAAGUCUAGAAAUACAUAUUGUAUAGGUUAUUUUUUUCUAUGUUUUUUGUAAUGUGGAAUCAUUAACCAUUUUUUCAGAUUAAAUAUACAAAAAAGUAUAGAAAGUCACAAAAAAGCAUCACGCAGGGAUGGAUUAGCGUAGUAAAUUUCGAAUUUGGGUUUUGUGUUACAUUUGAUGCGUAACAAUUAUAAUAAAUGAUAUUUCGUUCAAUAUUUUUUAUUAGUACUAUGUAACAAAUUCAAAAUAUUAAUAACUAUGUAUAAUAAAUGUGUAACAAAUAUUAAGUUCUUGAGUAAAAAAAUAUGUAAUAAAUUCCUAAUUUCCUACAGAUCCUUCCUUGAUCACAUGCAUUAAUUUAUACAUUGUUCUUUAUGAAUAAUGAUAUAAUUAUAGUUUUGGAUAAUAAAUUGUUAGAUAUAAAAAAUAAUAAGUCAAUAAUUAUUAUUUUCUUCCUAGCAGUAAAUUAUUUUUUUAAAUUCUUUUAACU